AUGAAGGCUACUCUUUUCGCCCUUUCUGGCAUGCUGGCUGUCGCCAGCGCCAGUCCCAUGGUUGAGGCCAAGCGGGACGUCAUUGGCGCGCUCGAUGAGAGCGCGGACCAGGCUGACAUUGACUUCCAGCCGCUGCUUGACUUUGACAGCGACGGAUGUUACCAGACGUCUGCUAUCAACAAGGACGGCAAGACCAACCCCGGCCACGGCGCUACUGGCACGCCGCAGGGCGACUGCCGCGAUCCUCACCAACUCGACAACGCCAACAGCUACGUGCGCACGCGCUGCAACAACGGAAUCUGCGGGCGCAUGUACGAGGCAUAUCUGGAAAAGGAUCAAGCGGUGGCAGGGAGCUUCCUCGGGGGCCACCGCCACGACUGGGAGAACGUCGUCGUAUUCACGCGCGGCGACACCGUCGUGCGGGUGGCGCCGUCCUGCCACGGCAAGUACGACAACGCGCGCAACGAGUUCCCGCUGCGGGACAGGCACCCGCUGGUGGUGUACCACAAGGACGGCGCGGGCACGCACUGCUUCCGGUUCGCCAACGACGACGACAUUGCGCACCCGGAGAACCCGCGGGGCGACUUCUUCCGCGCCCCGCUGGUCGGGUGGAACAGGUGGCCGAGCGAGGACCUCAAGAACAAGAUGCUGGAUGCGUGGAAGGGCGGCGUCGGGCCGAAGCUGGAUGACGAGUUUACGGAUUCGCUGAGGGCAGCGGCGGGGGAUGGCGUGCCGGGCUUUGACCCGGCCAGGGAUGAGUAG